CCAAGAUGGUGGCAAUAUCUACAGCGUGAAGAAUUAUUCCUGAUGUUAUUGAAAUAAGUCACGGUGUAAAAUGCAUUAUCUACGUCCAUUUGAUUAAUUUGCAAUUACCACAUUAUGGAAGAACAGAGAGAAAUUCCUCCAAACGAUUCACGCCGUCUCAAGCCUCCCAAUAGAAAAAAAUAUGAAGAAGAAUUGGAAGGCUACCAAAAUAAAAUCAAAGAUCUGGAGACACAGCUUACUGCAGCAAAGUCUGGGGGAAAUGCUAAGGAGCUGAGAGAGAUUCGGGUUGAAAAAGAUGCAACUUUUGAAAGGAAUAAAAAGAUCAACAAUGACUUAAAGACUUUGAAUCAAGAGAUUUCAGCCAAGACCAGUAAAGUUUCUCAGAUGCAAUCUGGUUUAGUAUAUAAAAAUGAAGAGAAACACAACGAUGCUAUAAGAAAAUUGGAAUGGAAUUUGGCUCACCAUUCCUACAGACUAACAGAAGAAAGAAAAAUUGUAGCAGAAAUUGAUAGACUGAAAAGAUCAAAAAUAUCUCUCAUAGCAUAUAACAAUGCCAAAAGUCAGGUGGAUGAAUUACGAGGUAAACAAAGAAGAAUGAGAGAAGAAAGAGAUCAUUAUUCUAAAACAAUAACUUCAUUACGAGCUCAAGAAGAUGAAGUAAAACGAAGAUUAUCAUCUAGUAGAAUAACGACAGAUUCUAUUAAAAAAGAAUUAGAUGAACAAUAUCAAGGUAAACGAAAAUUAAUCGAAGAUUUUAAACGACAACAGACAGAUUUUCAAGAAUCCCAAAAGAAACGAAGACAAGAAAGCUUCAAAAAGAGGGAGGAAGAAAGAAAAGCCAUUCUAGAAGCCAAGCAAAAGGAGGAGGAAGAACUUGAACAGAUGAGAAUUCCGUUUGAAGAUGAACGUAUACUGUGUAAUACACUUAUCAGUUAUCUGCAGGGAUUCUCAUAUACCAUGACCCCUGACACCCAACAGCCAACCAAUGAAAAGACACAAACUUCUACAUCAAAUAUAGCACAAAAUCAAGGAUGUGCUACUAGUGGUCCGGCUGAGGAACUUGAGGAUGGUAAUUUAAUCCUUCUACGUAAAUCGGAUGACAACGAUUUUAUUAUAGGAAAUGUUCGAAAACCAAAUAAAAAAUCUAGAAAAUAUCGCAAGGCUUCAGGAACUAAAUAUAUUACUCAUUGUCCUCAAGUUAUUGGUCAGUUUUCAUCACUUAAUUUACGAGCUCCCUGUAGCGCAAUGGAAAUACCAGCAUCUCUUGAACAACUCCGAGCCAGAAAGGUUUUCUAUGAACAGAAAGUAGAGACACAGAGUAAUAUCUCACUAACAGAGAGUGGAAUAUGUGAAAUGUCCCGUCAGGCCAGCAAUACUGAAUCAUGUGGAAGUGGCUGUGAAACGCGGGCUCCAGAAGAUAUUAUGGAUGAACUCCUUAGCGAUAAAAACUGCUAUCACGAUUUCCCAUGUGUCAACGAUUCUGUGACACAAACAAAUGACAACCAUUCAACUGCAGGUUCCAAUACUCCACGUAAUUUGAGUAUCAGCAGUGGUAGUAUUAUGUCAACCGAUGUAGAUGACAUAGACAAUAAUGGACAAUCCUCACUGGAGAAUUCAAAUGGUCACCUGUCUCAAAUUGACCAUUCAGAGCAUCCAUCUGAUAAUUUUAAACCUAUACAACCUGAAGAAGUAUUGAACAACAGCCAAUCAUGUUUCAGCUCAUGCAGCCAAUCAGAGUCUGUCUCCUAUAUCAAUGACAAAGCUCAUUUGAACCAGUUAGUGACUUUAAACCAUAAAGAGAAUAAUGUUGUUCAUAAGGUCCUUGGAAAUGGCAUUUUAGCUAAGAUUUAUGAACGUGACGAAACUGUGAACAAAGCUAUUGUAUGUAAAGAGAAUGUUAGUGAUGAUAGUGAUGCAAACAGCCAAAGUGAGAGUGAACAAAUGAAUAUAUUGUGUGAGUCGUUAGGAAAAGCAAAUGUGAUGUCGGAAGUGAACACUGACAAGGAAGAGGAAAUAACUCAUCUCUAAUGUGUUUAGCCUCUCUUAUCCAGUCAGAUAUUGCAUUUUUGGUGUAUUACCCUUUAUAGAAAUGAUUAUUACAAACUCUUACAUAAAAUAACAUAAAGGUUCAAUAUUUGAUUGGGUGACGGAGGCCAAUGAAGAGAGAUUUUAUUUUUUAUCGUUAUUAGAAUAUUUAUUAGAUAUAUAAUGAAAUGUUUUUAUGAUUGACUUAAGUGCCAGAGUUUUUUCAAAAAUAUCAUAUGUAAACAAUUUGUGACUAUUUAGCAACUUGUGAAAUGAUAAAAUAAGUUAAACCUAAUUUCUCUUUGACAGAGACUUGUGAAUGUGCACAAAAUAGUUUGAAUAAUGUAUUAUAGUUGUGUAUAUUUAUUUUUAUUUAAUGAAUAUUGUUCAUAUUGCUGCAUUUCAUGUCCCCUGAUGAACUGGUAAUUACCACUUGUGAAGUUACUAUUACUACUUGUGAUGUUAUAAUUACAAGAAAAAUUGUUUAGUGGUAUCUUCACAAAUCAAAUAUGAAAAUAAUUUUAACACCAGCUUCAGAAUCCUGUAUUUGACUUAAACAAUAUUUUAUUUCUAUUAUAACAUGAUUAUUUACAAUACUGAUAUUGUGGAUCUGAAAACAAGCCAUAGCUUAUAUAAAUUCAUUCUGUAUUUCAUGUCAAUCAGUUGAUAACUUCCUAAAUUUAUUCUUUAAAAUAUGCAAUUGUCAGUAAUAGUAGAUGCACAUUUCUACCAACUUUAAUUAGUUAUGUACUGCACAAAAUUCUUCUGUAUCGUGGACUGGUAAUGUCAUAGUGUUGUGUGUAACUGCAUGUAGCAUAAAUAUGCUGCACAGUACCAACCAAUAUGACUUAUUUUAAAAGAUAUAUUGGUCAGACAAUUUAAUUUGUAAAUUUUGAUUUUUGGUUUGCAUUUAAGAUGUGGGAGUGGAUGGGGUGUCAUUGACAUGAAAUAGUGUUUAGCCUCUCUUCUUGAAUACACCAUGCAAGUGUGCUAUGAGGAAAAUUUUGUUAGGACAGUGGUGUUUCCAUCUAUUCUUCAUUGAAAUCCAUCUGCCAGGAGAUUUUCUCUGUGUACUACUACUGUACACCAAUGUAUACACAAGACCUAAUAUGUUCGUCCCGACCAAAUCACUAAAUGCUGUUCCUUGCCAUUCCCCCACCCCCAGUCCUGUACCACUGAUGAGGGGAAACCAAGUUUAAUAAUCUUUAGGUACUUGCUUGGCCAACACAUGGAUCGAACCCAGUUUGUCAUUGAAGUAGACAAUUUUUUUAUUGGGCUUUGUGGUCCCUUAAGGCAUUUACAAUAGGGACGAAUUGUCUCCAGCAUUUAUGAGAUCUAUUGUUCAUCAAAUGCACAAGCCAGAUCUUUUCAUCUAUUGAAAAGUCAAAUAAUAUGUACCAUUUUUAUUCUGUGGUUAAGCACAUCUGUGUAUAGAAGGAUCUCUAGAAGAAAUGGCUGGCUUGUACAAUUAUUAUUACUGUCUAAGAGAGAGAGAUAUGGUGAUAUGAAAUCAAUAUAAACCAUUGUACCUGGUAACUUAAAAUAGCCCAUAACUUAGUUAGUACUGAUUGAUUUGAAUAAUAUUUGGACAAAUGCAUAUUUUGAUUAAAGUACUUUUAACUGUGUUUGCUCUUAAACUCUAUAUUUAACCUUUAUUCUGACAUGUUGGGGCUUUAAUGUUAUAUGGUUAUUAUUUUGGUUGAAUAUUAAAGUCAUGGAUUAGAUCAGUUUUGUUUGAGCAGAUUAAUUGAUCUGUGCUGCAUAAAAAUACAGUGCAGAUGUGCAGUAGUUUUUAUAUUUGCUAAAUGGCAAGGGCACAAAUUCAUGAUUUGUUGCCAUAGCAACAUAGAGUUUUCUCCUGUUCAUAUUCAAAGCAUUUAUAAUGAUAUAUGCAAUGCUUACUAUAAUUUAUUCUUGUAAGACAGUGUCCAUCUACAACCCCCUCCUUUAUCAACUGACUUAAUAUUUUAUUCAUUUUGAAUAUUUUAUUUACUUUGAAUAUUUUUUAUUUAUUUUGAAUAUUUUUUAUUCAUUUUGAAUAUUUUUUAUUCAUUUUGAAUAUUUUUUAUUCAUUUUGAAUAUUUUAUUCACUUUGAAUAUUUUAUUCACUUUGAAUAUUUUAUUCACUUUGAAUAUUUGAAUGGCGGAAUGAACGAUAAUAGAAUGAAUUGAAGAUUAAUAAAAAUAUGAUACGACAUGUAUGUAUCAGAUGAGUUUUUAAAAUGAUAUUUUUUAUCUUACUAUGAAAUGUUUUGGAGAUUUUUUCAUGUUUUGUUUAUUUAAAGUGGUACUUUUGUGAUGUAAAUGGAUAUUAAUGAAGGAUCAUUACAGUCUCCUUUCAAAGGAAUUGUAAUUUAAAGAGAAACUGUCACUUUAAGAAAAUAUAUUGUAAUAAAAGACUUGGUGUAAUAAUAGUAUAGUCAAAUCUUUUUGAUAGCCAAAGUGAGAGUGUCUCUUUAAAAUCCUGAUUUGAAGUCAAAGAUUCAUGGAUGCUUUCCAUGAUUUUGUACUUUAUUCCAGGUUUUAUGGUACAGACCCCAGACAUAAUUUUGUUUUGUUUGUAUUUUUAGUUAUGGUAGUCAUUGUUUGCAAUAUUCUUAUUUUAUUUGUUAACUUUUGUUUAACGUGUAGUGCGGUCCUCCUGCACUUACUAUUAGAGAACAGCAGGUCUGUUUAUGGAACAUAUGUAUAUUAGUCAGAUUAGUCAUAGAUAUUAUGAAAUUAUAUGUAUCGGUAUUCAUAGAUUUAAUGUGGAAUGGCUCAAAAAAAUUAAUGUUUAAAUAAACAAAAUAAGUGGCAAGGGACUCGGGCGUAAAAAAAAAUUUUUAACAGGUGUAAAAAAUAUUCUAAUUUAUAACUCUCCACAUGCACAAACAUUUAAAGAGCCAUUAUUACUUUCAACAAAAAGUAAAUGUAAUCAAAAUUUGAAUAUAAUAUUCAAAAAACCCCAAAACUCUCCUAAUUAUUGAAUCUUUUCUCUAAGCAACCAAGAUCUCCAAAGCAAUAAUGCCUCUUUAAGAAACAAUGUUAGUCCCGAAUUGAUCUGUGUUAAAAAUUUCAGAACUUGAUCAUCAUCCAUGUUAUUUUAUUGACUCAGUACAAACCUUAAAGCACAAUCAGUAUUUUAAAAGACUGUUAUGUUUAGUAUUUAAAUUAACUUUUUUUUUCUGGUUUACAUUGCCUUUUCUAUAAGGGGGUAAAUACAGUAAUGUAAUAUUAAAAAAUUUCUGUUAAUCCAUAACAUAUCCCUCUAUUUGUUAGAAAUAAGAAUAUGUAAAUUGCUAAUUUCGAUAAAGUCUAAAUAAAAUAUAAAAGAUAAUAAAAAUCUAUAUUUUAUACUUGAUGCUUCUUCGUGGAUCCCUCUCCUUGAAAAUUUCUAACUUAAAUAAACUUUCCAGGGGGUAUUAUGACAUUUGUACAGUUGGAACUUUUAAUUUUCUUGUAAAUAUUUAUUAAAAACAAAUAUUAAUCUGCACAAUGAUUCUUUAGUUUUUGGCAUGUGUAUUUAUCCAUAAUUUUAUUGGAUUUUUUAUGAUUUUGUUAUGGAAGUCCAGUAGUUCCCCCAUAAAUUCAGUAUCGUUUAAAUAGUAUUUCCAGUGCACUAAAUUGUAUUUUUGGUUUUCUUUUAAUUUAUAUGUGUUUCUGUUUAAUUAAGUUAUUAAAUUAUUUAUUUAUUUGCUUUAUUAAUUUAAUUUUAGUUCUGGGAAGUGAGUGGGAAUUGUUUAAAGCUGUCACAAAAUUAUCAGUCCCAAAUGCAUAAGUCUAUUAAAACAACAAAAGUUGCUAAUGAAAAAAAUAACUAUGAAAUGCAGCGUUCAUAAUAAUGUAUUUAUAAUCAGAUUAAAAUAUUUUAAAGAUAUGGCAUUUUCAUUGGUUAAAUACUUGAUGCGUCAUUUAGCACUAUAGGAAUCCCUUGCAAACUACAAUAUUGUGAAAGUUCAAUCUGUAAUAUGAAUAUCAGUCCAAAAAUGGUUCAAUUCCAUUUAGUAUUUACAAAGUUAUGAUAAACUGAACUUUCAUCGAUCUAUUCUUCUUGAGUGUAAAAGGACACUGCCAUCUUUUAUAGGUAGCAAAGAAACCUGAUAGGCCUAGUUUAAAUACGAUUGAAUCCAAGCCGCGAGAUAAGCUAGCGUUGGUAUUUGAAUUUUUUUUUUUUUAACUAAGUGUUAUAUAAUCAGUAUGAGUAUAUAAUUAACAUGUAUUAAGCUGCGAGAUAUUUGAUAUUUUAGCGAAAAUGCAAUUGACGCAUCAGACCUUUAAAGGUUGAUAUUCUAGUUCUUAGCCAAUAAGUCUGUAUUUUAAAAAUAUUUUAGUUUAUAUGAUUAGUUUGGCAUUUAUAAUUUCACAAAUCUUGUCAGUGGAAGGGUUUAGCUUGGACUCUGUUUAAGCUAAUAUUGUUUCCAUCUAUUUUUUGUCAUAUUUGUAUAAAUGUGUUAUGAUCUAUUUUAAAACUGAAUUUAAGAGUAUUUGUUGGGAUUUUUUUUUUUUUAAAAUAUGUGUACAUUUUAUUUUUGAACCUUUUAUGAUAAUGUAAAAAAUAUUUUUAUUUACAGCCCCCUAAAAAAAUUAAUUUUUAGCAAAUAAAAUUUGUAAAUUAAAUCGAAAAAAAAAAUAGUGAAAAUUUUGUAGAAAUUUAUAAUACUUUGUUAUUGAGGAAAUAACAAAACCUUAUGCACAUUUAUUGUACCAUACAAUUUAAUUAGUGUGUUGCAAUUGAAGCGUUUGGACUUUGGACAGAUUUUGAAAUUGUGCUUACCAGCACAUUGAAAUGUGGUUGUAUGUUGUCGUGGCCCUUGCCUCUCCAUGGUCCACAAUUACAUGUGUAUAUUCUAGAGACAGAGUUGUCAUCUGAUUGACUUGACAGUUAUACAGUGUUAGUGUUUAUAAUUCUAUUGAUUUUCAACGUUCCCGAUAACUUGAACAGUUAUCAUCUGAUUACCGGUAUGGUUUGUUUAUGCUAUACUAAGAGGUUCUAGAGACAUAUCAAAUGUUGAAUUUUUUCUAGUAAUCAACACAGAUUAAAGUGUCUUGUAAAUGCAUCUAUUAACUACAAAAAAAUAAAAUGUGACCACCUUUAUGGACUGCUUGAAUGACUUAGAGGUUGUGGGCGUAUGGUAACAUAUCUUUUAAAUACACAUAUUAAAAUAACGAAACUCAAGUUAGAGCUGAACCAAUACAAGCCCGACUCUAUUUUAUGAUGUAUUGUUGUGAAUGUAAUGUGUGCUAUUAAGGCCAAAUCCAGUGGCCUGACUUUACCUGUGGUCAUUAGAAGCAGAUUGGAAAUAAAUGGAUUAUAGAUAUUUACGCAAUGUUAUGUAUUUUAAUUCUUAAAGAUGCAUUAUGUAGGAUGUAGAUAAAGAGCUGGCCAUUCUUGUUAUAAUAGUUUAAAAAGAGAAAAUGAAUAUAUUGAAAAUUCAGUCAAGUUACUUUAUUCUGAAUUGAGUUUUGACAAAAUAUAGCAUAAAUAGUCUUGAUUGUAAAGUUCCCUUGCUACGAUAAUAAACAAAGUCUUGAUUAUCAAUUUUAACAUUAAAUUAUUAUAUGGCAUUGAUGUUCGGAACAAUUUAAUAUUUCGGACAUAGUUGUUUAUUUUAGGGUGCCCCAUGCAGUCAAAAUUUGCUUUAUUAAAAGUUGAACUCACCAAAGCGAAUGUCCUCAAGUGAUUACAGGGUAGACUCGCAGCACGAGAAUAAUCUAAAGUAUGUUCUAUUAGGCUAUAAAUAGCCAUCGUACCUGAAAUUUUCUACACAUCCAUCAACUAUUAAAACCGUAAAAAAUCUAUUGUUAAAGAUCCUGAAUAACAUUAAUAUUUAGCUUUUUGGUUGUUACAGAAACUUUAGAAAAUUAUGUUUUUUGGGGGGUUUUAUUUGCUUUAUUAUUAACUAUACCGUUAGUUACUAAAUUAGAUUUAUUGGUUGGUAGACUGAUUUAGCGGGACUAAUUUCAAACUAAGGGGAAAUAACCUAUUUUGUACUCAAAAAUACCCCGAUAUAAUGGCCACUUUUUUACUUUUUCAAUAUAUUUUUUUAUUGGUUUUCCCUGGAUCCUAAGGUUUCCUCCCAUUGCUAAAGACUCCCUACGCGCAAGCAAAUUGUUUAAAUAAAAUUGAACCAUGUUAGUAUCGAAAUGACCUAGUUUGUGGACCGUAAACCACAUUUCUCUCUCUCUCUCUCUCUCUCUAUAUAUAUAUAUAUAUAUAUAUUUUUUUAUUCAUGUCUAAAUGGUUAUAACUUGUUAAAUACAACACAACCGUUUAUUUAGUGACUAUAAAUGUGAGGUGGUAUGUUAAGACUUAAUAAUAUUGUGGUAUAAUUGUCAAAAUAUUUAGAGAUAUUUAUUUAUUGUGGGGCAUCCUAUUUAUGGGCUUGUGGUAUGAAUAAAUGUCUAAAUAAUAAUUUAUAUAACAUUAAAAGCCAGAAAAUAGGCCUACAAAAGGCCAAUUGAGCUCUUGCAUACUGCAUCUUUAAAGUGACAUUAUCUAUUUUAACAAGAAAGUAAAUAAUAUAGUUAAUCUUAUAUAAUAUUGCAUUUAAAAUAGCCCAAAAAUCGCAUAAUUAUUGCAAAAUCUGAACACUGGUCUCCUUACAGAAAAGCUUUGUGCACAGCCUAAUCUUUAGAUUUAGAUGUGUAGGUCAAUAUCUCUGGAAAAUUAUUUGUGCCAGUGUGUGAAUAUCUCAAUCACACUAAUGCCUCUUUAAAUAUUUAUUCACAAUCACAAGCAUUAAAAUUGAGAAAUUCAGAUUCAGAGUACCAGUGUAUUUAGCCCUAAAACUUGACUGGUGCAUCUUUGCAUAAACAGAAUUCUCUUUAUUGUAUUGACUGCUGAUGAAAACAUUAUUUUUAUUGCAAUGAAUUAUCUGAAGCUCUGCUAUAUUAAUUUUAUCCAGGAAAAUUAAAAGCAUUAGAAAAGUUAAUGUCAUAUUUUAAAAUAUGGUUUAAAAUUUUUAAAGGUCCCAAGUUUAGGGUCUGUACUGUUUUAACUAAUGAAUUUGACAAAUUAUAUAAGAUUGAUAAAUGUGAUCGGUGCCAGCAAAAUCAGUCGGAAGUCGCAUUCAUUCAUUUUGUGCUAUAGGCAGUGGUGAAAUUAUUAUUUUCAGUUAUCACCAAACAAUAGUUUGAAAUCUUUUCUUUCAGAAUUUUAAAUCAUUUUUAAUUAUUCAAACUCUUAAAUGCUUCAAAAAUUGAUUUUAAUAAGGGAUGUGGAAUCAUACAUGAUCGAGAUUCUCCAUAAAACAAUCGGAAUUAGUUGUCUAUUUCAUGUUGAAUAAUUUUACAACCAGUACUCUGAACAGUAAUUUUGUUUGUAAUUUUAAAGCCUCGAGUUGUGCCUUUCAGGAAAUGUAUAGAACUUAAUUUUGGUGAAGUAACCCAAGUUACUGAUUUUGUUGGCACCGGUCAAAAAUAAUGUUUAUAUUAAGAUGAUUAUUGUACAUUUAAUUUAUUAAUUUUUGUGGAUGCAAAUGUUUGUAUAUAUAUUUUUGACAUAUAUUGACAGAAAAACAAAUGCAGAAAAAACUCA